AUGAACUGGUAUUUGCAGUGUUGUAUAGUGCUUCUCGUUAACUCCUGCGCCACCCAGGUGGUGGAUAUCAACUCCCUCCAACAUCUGAUAAAGAGACCUGAUGUCCAAGUCACCACACCAUCGCCUGAGGUUGUUUCCGCCAUGGAAGCUUACGGACGACUGAAGGAUGACCUCAUGAACCGCUUGGUUGUCAAGAAAAAGAUACCGCCAUCGAUCAGCAACUCGGACAUAGUCUAUUUAUUUCUAGAACCUCUCCAGCUUAUCUCUGUGGACGAGGUUGAGCAGACGAUCCAUCUUUCUCACAUCAUAGACAUCCGCUGGAUCGACCCCAACAUGAGAUGGAACCCGACACUGUACGGGAACAUCAGUGAAAUUGAGAUUUCUACGUCAUCUGUUUGGACCCCAAGACUAGCGCUUCCUAAAAGUAUUAUGGAUGGGGUGGUCACGUUACCAGAUCAUGUGACUUUAACCUCAAAUGGAAAUUUCAUUAGCUCAUUUUCCGGGUAUAUAAACAGUUUAUGCCAGCUAGACAUGGCCUACUUUCCCUUUGACCAUCACACCUGCACCAUCGUGUUCAUGGGAGAAACCUCCUUCAAGGUUCUCCCAGACAACACACGACGCCAUGUCGAUGUGGCGAUGUUCUUCAAAGAUGGAGGCGAGUGGGAGCUUCAGCCUCGAGGAUGUUUCAGCAAAGACGACGGGAAAACGUACAUAGAAUGCUUCCUCUACAUCAAGAGACGAAGCUCUUUCUAUGUAACUAAUCUGGUCGUCCCAAUGGUAUUCACGUCAGCCAUGACGCUGAUUGUAUUCUGGAUUCCCGCCGAGUCAGGGGAGAAAAUCUCCUUCCUAGUAUCUGUAUUUGUCUCAACUUCUGUUUUCCUGAAUUACAUCGUGGAAACAAUCCCGCGGAGCAUGGGCAGCCUUCCACACAUCAACGCCUUGCUAGUCUUUGUUGUGAUCAAAGUCAUUGCUGCAACUGCAGCUACAACUGUUGUCCUCCGCAGGUAUAACACUUGGCGAUUUCAGUACAACUCCAAAGGCAAGUCUGAAGGUCUCUAUGGUAACCAGAAAGUAAAGAAGAUCCAAGAAGUGAUGAUGGUCCCAGCUGAUCUUUCUCUUGAAUUGUCUAAUGUGUAUUCCAACUCAAGCAGGACGAAGGGUCCAAAGAAAGAGGAUUUGUUGUUGAAAGGGACAGAGAAAGGAGUCUCCAGAUGUUGCAAAAAGUCAUGCCUACGGGAAGUAGUCAUCUGGUGGUGCAGUUUGUCCCACGAUGAACUGGAUACGAUUUUCUUUGGCCUCCUGGCCUGCGUGUCUCUGGUCACUUACUGUGCUCUGCUGUGUGUAUGA